AUGUCUUCGGAUUCGUACACAAGAACAUUCGCCCGGAAAACAUACUCCUGUUCGAGAACCCAGGGAAAGAACCAUUGUCAGUAUACCUCCUUGGUUUCGAGGGAUUUCGGAAAGAGGAAGGAUGGACUUGAAGACUAGGAGAUGAGACUAUUGAGCGAAACCUGUAUCGACAUCCUUCCCGACAAGGUGCCAUACCAGCGGAUGAAUUCAUCAUGCAACACGAUAUCUACAACCUUGGUGUUUGUCUCCUCGAGAUCGGCCUGUGGGAGAGCUUCGUGACCUACGAUUCAAACGAUUCAAACGCAACCCUUUCGAGCAUGUUCGGAUUUCCAUCUACAAUUUCUAAAGAAGAAAUGAUGACUUCAUCUUAUCAUCUCCCAAAGAUUAUUUUCUCUCACUCGCGCGAGGUCCACUUCGCGAGUCUAUGGGAACCAAGUACUAAGACGGAAUAA